GGAGUCUAACCAGAUGUGGGUCUGCCCAGGUGUUUCUAGAGGUCAGCCAAGGGAUGGCUGGGGCUUCUUCCUCGGGUUUAAAAGAAGGAACCUUCCCAAGCAGUGCAGAAAGAGGGCGGCCCCCUUGUUGAUGGUGCUGGGUGACAAUAAAAGGUUGGAGGAGAUGGAGCUGCAGUGCAGACCCCCCUCAUUCUCUCCUCCCUCUCCAGGCUCCCUCUCACACUCCCUGAGCUACUUCUACCUGUACCUGCCAGAGCCCAGCGGCGGGCCACCUCUGUUCUCCGUUAGGAGCUACCUGGACGACCAGCCCAUCACUCACUUUGACAGCCUCACCAGGAAGAUGGAGCCUCUGGUGCCCUGGAUGGAGGAGGUGGAGAAGGAGAUGUUUCUGGUCUCCAAGAGGGUCUUCAGGGCUGACCUGGAGAAGUUAUCCAAACUCAGCCACCAGAGUGAAGGGCUUCACACCUGGCAGGCUGUUUGGGGCUGUGAACUCAGGGAAGACAGGGGCAAAGGAGGAUAUUUCCACUAUGGCUACGAUGGGAUGGACUUCAUCAGCUUCGACAAGGAGACCCUCAGAUGGGUGACAGCUCAGUCCCAGGCCCAGAAGGUCAAGGAGGAGUGGGAGGAGGAUCCAGGGUCAUCAGAGAAAAUGAAAGAUUUGCUGGAGAACGCCUGCAUUCAGUGGCUGCAGAGAUACCUGUCCUACCAGAAGAAGGAGGCUGUGCAGAGGAUCGAGCCCCCAGUGGGGAAGGUGAAUUCCAAGGUGGUGGAUGAGAGGCUGGAGGUCCUCACCUGCCAGGCCUUUGCCUUCUACCCCAAGGAGAUCCAGGCCACCUGGACCAGGGAUGGAGAGGCCUGUGUCUACGAGACCCUCCGUAGCAAUGUGGCGCCCAACUCAGACAGGACCUAUUAUAUUCGGCUCAACAUUGAGAUCGACCCCAAGGAGAGGGACCGUUUUCGGUGUCACCUGGAGCACGAGGGUUUGCAGGAGCCCCUCGACUUGGCCUUCAAGGAGGAAACAGCUACCACAAGGUGGGCUCUUGUGGGAGUUCUGGCUGCCGUAAUCUUGGGAGCUGGGCUUCUCUUCCUGAUAGGCUGCAGAUGGUGGAGAUGCAGGAAAAAACACCUUCAGGAAGAGACAACAUUCCCUGAUGAUGUUUGUCUAGAAAGGCUCCCUUCUUGCCCAAGUGCAGAAGUUGGGAUUCAUUGCUGGUGAUGUUCCAUCCUG